CUCCCGCCAGCCCCAGGCUCCCCGGGCUCGCGCCGCGCGCUCUUUCUCCAACAGCGGCGGGGGAGCACAGCGCACCGCGUUCUGCUCUGUCUGUCCCUGCGGGUCGCUUCGCCAUGACCACCCAGCAGAUAGUCCUUCAGGGCCCGGGACCGUGGGGCUUCCGCCUCGUGGGGGGCAAGGACUUCGAGCAACCCCUGGCCAUUUCCCGGGUCACUCCCGGAAGCAAGGCUGCGAUAGCUAACUUAUGCAUCGGAGAUGUGAUCACAGCCAUCGAUGGGGAAAAUACCAGCAGCAUGACACACUUGGAAGCUCAGAACAAAAUCAAGGGCUGCACAGACAACAUGACUCUCACAGUCACCAGAUCGGAACAAAAGAUCUGGUCCCCCCUGGUGACCGAGGAAGGGAAACGUCAUCCAUACAAGAUGAAUUUAGCCUCUGAACCCCAAGAGGUGCUGCACAUAGGGAGUGCCCACAACCGGAGUGCCAUGCCCUUCACUGCCUCACCGGCCUCCAGCUCUGCCCCCAGGGUCAUCACAAACCAGUACAACAACCCGGCUGGCCUCUAUUCCUCUGAAAACAUAACCAACUUCAACAACGCCUUGGAGUCCAAGACAGCAGCCGGCGGGCAGGAGACCAACGGCAGAGCCUUAGACCAUUCUCAGCUUCCAAGCGGACUCGUCAUCGACAAAGAAUCUGAAGUUUACAAGAUGCUUCAAGAGAAACAGGAGUUAAAUGAGCCCCCCAAGCAGUCCACUUCGUUCCUGGUUUUGCAGGAAAUCCUAGAGUCUGAGGAGAAAGUGCCCUCCUGUGAAGAGAGAGCUGGCGAUGCAGACCGUGAAGCCUGUUUCACCUGCACCGAGGGAGGGAGCGAGUUGCUUGCUUGGGACCACCAGCGAGGGCCACAGCAGAGCGCCCUCUGCAAGAGUAACCACCCUCCCCCAGGCCCCCAGCUCCAGGUUGGGCUUCCUGGGAGUUCUUCCUGAGCUGAGAGUUCCCUCCUGACGGAACCCAGACCCAGGCUUCUUAGAGAAAUUGGCAGUUUAUGAGCACAGGAAGUUAUGGGAAAAGUUCUCCUUUUAUGCUAAAAGGAUAUUGUUCUACCAGCAGUUUCCCCCUUUGCUUGUUGUACCUGUGCAUUUUGGAAGGAAUGAGUCAUAUGCUGUAUGAAGUUCCGGUAUUAGGGCCAACUGACAAGUGAUUUGGGGAUCAACCCUAGAGAAUGACCGUUUUAUCAAAACCUGUGAGAAACCACAACUUACUCUACUCUGAGUAAAUGGGUGCAAAACCCUUCAACUAAGGAGAAAAGUCAGUCCAUUCUGUCCCAACCUAGGACAUAGAUAUUGCAACUCAUCUAGUCAAAUGCCCUCAUGUUAUAGAGAAGGACCUAAAGCCUAGGCUCACUGAGGUAGCCAUUCCGUGCUCAUCAAGAUCUGAACUCCUUCCAUCUUGUGCUCCAUCUACCAAGCCUGUGGCUUCCAUUCGCAAGAUUACCUGAUGGCUCUAGUUGGCAGCUGGUGCUCCAGCCAUCACAACCAUCUUCAAGCCCCAGGAAGGAAGAAGGGCUGAAUAGGGACUGCUCUAUUCAGAUAAGCCAGCUUUUUCUUUCCCAGAAGUCGCACAAUAGCAUUUCAUUUAAUUUGACCAGAAUUUAGUCACAUGGCCACAUCCAGUUGAGAAUUAGAGUUCUUUCCUCCCUGGGAUGAAUAUCUUCUUGCCCAAAAGAAAAUAAAAAUUUUGCUAAAAAGAAGAAGGGAGAUAACAGAUCUUUAUAAUCUCUCCCAUUAUCUCUUAAAAUGUAGCUAUAGUAAAUUCUCAUGGAAUGAAACUGCAUAAAUUCCAGUCCAUACAUCCACUGUGUGCAGAAGGCUCUUGGGGGAAGGAGCUCAAAUCCCUGUUUUCAUUUGAGAUGAAAUGGUUAAAGCUCAGGGCAGUGUCUGGUACAUAGGAAAGCACUCAGUGAGGGCUACUGUCAUUUGAGAAAGCCUCAGGUUCAUAAAGCAGCCCGGCCCUUGCAGCAUUGGCAUCCAGGAUCUGCCUGUGACCUCCCUGGAGACCACAGGCAGGUUGCCCAUCUCUCUGAGCCCUAGUUUCCACACAUGUCCAGGGAGGCUAAUAAUGGCUACUUCACAGAUGGCUGGUUUUUUGUUGUUGUUUUGCUUUUAAGAUGUUAUUUAUUUGAGAGAGAGAAAGUGCAAGAACAGGCAGGGGAGGGGCAAUGGAGAAGGAGAAGCAGACUAGCCACUGACUAGGGAGCCCGAUGCAGGACUUGAUCCCAGGACUCUGGGAUCAUGACCUGAGUCGAAGGCAGACGCUUAACCCACUGAGCCACGCAGGCGCCCUUCACAGAUGGUUUAAAGCAUCAGGGGAAACGGUGCACAUAAAGUACCAGGCCCACCAUCAGUGAGGCCCCACAUGCGAGGCUUGGCUGCAGCAGGGUUUGGUGAUAAACUCCAAAAGAUUCAAUGUGGAUCUCCUCCUUUGGGGUGAAAUUCAGCCUCAGGACUAGGAGAAAGGGUCCUAGAUUUCUCAAACUUCAUCUUGCUCUGGAUCAAAUUCCAAAUUUGCAGGAAACAAGGAGGCUUUUUAUUUUUAAUUUUUUUUUUAAAGAUUUUAUUUAUUUAUUUGACAGAGAGAGAUCACAAGUAGCAGAGAGGCAGGGAGAGAGAGAAAGAGGGAAGCAGGCUCCCUGAUGAGCAGAGAGCCGGAUGCGGGACUCGAUCCUAGGACCCUGAGAUCAUGACCUGAGCCGAAAGCAGCAGCUCAACCCACUGAGCCACCCAGGCACCCUUUAUUUUUAAUUUUUAAAUUAUGGUGAGCUAUAGCUAACAUGAAAUUUACUGUCUUAACCAUAUUUAAGUGCUCAGUUUGGAGGCAUCAGCUAUGGCCAUACCAUUGUGCACCUGUGAGCACCACCCAUCCACAGAACUCUGUCUUGCAGAACUGCAGCUCUGUACCCAUUCAUCGCUAGCUCCUUGAAGCCCCCUCCCCCAGCCCGUGGAAGCCACCAAUCUGCUUUCUGUUUCCAUGAAUGUGACUGCUGCAAGCACUUCCUGGGAGGGGAAUCAUACAGCGUGUGUCUUUUGUGACUGGCUUGUUUCACUGAGCGUAAUGUCCUGAGGGUGCAUCCAUAUUGCGGCAGGUGUCAGCAUCUCUUUCCUUUUUAAGGCUGAAUGUUGUACAGUGUGUCUAUAGCCCAUCUUGUUUAUCAUCCAUCUGGCCAUUUAAGGGGGAUUUUAAUGAGAGGAGACUCGGAAGGAGGCAUCGAGGACUGAGAAAACACAGUGGGUGCUGGGGGCUCUGAGGUGAGAAAGCCGGGGACUUGCUCAGGAAGUAUCAGGGUGUCCAGGGUUGCAGGAGAAUCCCCACGUGGUCUGGAGUCAGAUCACAGGGGACCACCAGGUGCUUAAGGACCAUGAAUUUGGUUCUUUUAGUAAUGCGGAGCCCUGGAAGGUUGUUGAGCAGUAAAGUGGGUAGAAAAAUAGCUGUGCUUUACUGAACCCAUUUUCACUUGUUUCCCCAGAAAGCUCUGACAUACAAGUUUCACUAGAAAAAGAGAAAAUUGGAAAUGUUUAUAGCUUCCCAGAGUCUAAAGGGAGCUAAUGUUUUUUACUGUAGGCUUGUUGAGAAGGGCAGAAUGAUAUUUCUUUGGGUUUGCAGUGUUGGCUCUAAGUGAGAGGAGAAAAUGGGGCCAGCAGGUGGCGCUGCAGGGCUGGACACUGUGCCUGCUUGGUCCUGCGCACAGGGGCCACUUCCCAUGCUGUGCCGUUUCUCUCUCUCUCUCUCUCUCUCUCCUUUUUGUAAAAUCAUGUCUAUGCUUAGCCUGGGGUUUGAACUCAUGACAUUGAGAUCAACAGUCUCAACUCUACUGACUGAGCCAACUAGAUGACCCUGCCCCUGGCCCAGUUUCAUCCAGUCCCUUCUCUUUACUUGGAGAAGGGAUGUGGAUUCUCCUACCAAGUGCGGCUCUCAUAUUCCUCCUUCCUUCUCUCCUGCCCUCUUGCCAGCGCAACCCAUUCCUGGUAAAUUUUCUGCUGGUCAAAUGAAUUAUGUGAAGAACAGCCCCAUCACCUGAGACCACAGCCUCCUCCCGCUGGUUCCCCCCGGGGCAGCCGGUUUCCCUUCCCAGCCGUCUGGGUAGUCUGGGUAGGCAGAGACACCACCAAGUCGCUGCAUUUCCUUCUUUCUUGAGGCGGGCUGCCCGGAUGGCUCCAGGAGCAGGAGCCCGCACAUGAGGAGGGAGCCUGUUGGAGAUGUUAGAGGUGUGAAGCUGGUCACCCAGCCCUUCUGAGAUCUCAGGAGGGAGCCAGGAUUAGGGUGACAGGAGGGAGGCAUUUGCCUUGGGUACAGAAUUUAAGAGGGCGCCCAAAAACUCAAUAGUUAAAACAAAAAUGACACUUCAGUGCUGUGUUUUUUAAAAUUACAGUUAAUGCAAAAA